AUGGCCGCGGUCGGUGCCAACGAUCAUGUGCGCACGGGGUCGAGCGGCGAGAUGAAGGAUGGAACAGGUAUGGACGCGCCUGUCGCCUUGUUCCCAUCAGCGAUCUCUCAUCCAGCGGGCGGCCCAGCACCGACCCCCCGUCCAAAUGCAGUCCGCCCAGACCCCGACUUCCCCCUCUCUUAUUAUCAGUCAGAGCUCGCGGGCAAGGCGUAUGUCCCGGACGUCCGCGCACCUUCGUUCGCACCCCUUGCGUCCCUAGAGCGGACAACAAGCACAACCUCUUCCUCUUCCGCGUACUCCUCCCACUCCUCUUCGCCCCAGAAUAGCGAGCUCACCCCAGACACAUCGCCGUCCGAUCGCGGGAAGCAGCCGCUGCGCGAGCUCGAGCUCAACGUCGACGCGGGGGAGCAGCACAGACGGAGGCCGAGCAACCAGUCGGAAGGCGCAGCAGACAAUCGACGCAUCGCCGUCGUCCAACUUGACACACCGUCCACGCCGUCGCUUAACAGCAGUCCGUCGGGCCCACCCGGGACUCCCGGUGCGGCCGUCGACACGUUGUUCGAACGUCGCGGCUUGCACUCUCGCUUCCCCGCUCUCGCCCUCGUCGCGCCCUCCGACGCGCCCUUCCUCUCCGCCCCACACCUCUCCCCUCCCUCCUCUGCCCCCGUCGUCGGCACCGCAAGAGCACCAGAUAGCGCGCACUCGGGCCUGCGGAGCAGCCCCGCGACAGGCCAUCACCGCUCCACCUCAGAGGCUGUGCCCGGACGAGGUAAGGACGGCGUCCACAAAAAAACCUCGUCUCGCGACAUCGGCAUUGUUGGGACGCGCCGCGCCCCUGGUUUCGCAGGCGCGCCUCCAAUGUAUCACGAUCCUGUACAAGGCCUGAAACCCCCCAUAUUCCAAACGCCCCAGUCUCGCUCUCCGUCCCCGCACAUCUCUCUCGACUCCCCCGUCGACGGCCUUCCGUCGAGCAUGCUUCCCUAUCCCCACCCCGCCGACGGGCUCUCUUCCUCUUCUGCGCAGAUGCCGACCAUCGGCGAGAGGGCCAUCCCUGGCUUGUCCACCGUGGCCACCAGCGCGUCCCGCCCCAAUUCAUCCAGCUCCGGACAAUUUCGCCACGAAGUCUCCGGUGACCCGGACAAGUCCAGGGCAUCGUCCUCCUUGUUAUCCCCCUCCACCCACCGACCGUCGUCCUAUCUGUAUUACCAGCCGGGAGUGCAUUCGACCGCAGGCCCACUGCCCCCGCCUCCGAGGGCCAUGUUCCAAAUCGACGUAAAGGUCCCUCCACCCCCGCGACCGCCCCGCUUGCGAUCGCCGUCUCCGACGCGUUCACGAAACGUUUUGAACGAGGCCGCGGCCUCGUCUGUCUCUGUCAUCUUGGCCUCUAAAUCGUCUGUGGCUUCACUGAAGCACCUCGACUCGGCCAAGACAGCCGAGUCGUCACGGCUUCCUGUCGGAGACGUGACGAACACGCCAGGUGCGAACGGUGCAGUCGAGGACGUAUUCAAUCGAUCAUCUAACCAUGUCCGCGAAGGUGCUUUCGCCCCCUCCCGAUUCGUCCUGCACCCCGGGCCUCCGUCAUUGCAGGCGUCUCCAAAACCUUCUCCAAAGUCAUCCACGACGUCCUUGUUGGGCGUGGUGCAGUCCGCGACCGACUCUCUUCGUCUAGUCAGCAGCACGCCUGAGAUCGUCGAGUCCCCUCCAUCCGCCGUUGACGACCCGCGUGGCGCGGAUGCCGUCUUCGGAAGACGGCUGGGGUCUGAAAUCGAGCGGUUCGAUAGCUGGGUCAACCUCCACCCAUUGCCUUCCGACAGUACGCGCGCGUCUUCUGAUUCGUCGAGCGGCCGACCGUCUUCCGAAGCGGAGUCUCUAUCACCUCGGCCAUCAAGCCUGCCUAAAUCUCCCAAGGGGAAGAAGGAAGGUUCGGCGAAUCCCUUGCGGGGCACACUGACCAACUUGAAGCGCUUCUCGUCGCUACCCCGCACGCCCUCCGUCAUCUCGAGCCGGCUGUCGAACGGCAGUCGAUCCUCCCGAACGCCUUCGCCCGCGCGACCUCCCCCGCAGCCCAGGAUACGUUCGAACUGGCCCGCGUCGAUGUCGUGUGCGGACGUGCUGGUGAAGCGCAGCUCGCUGGAGCGGGCUGUUGCUUAUGCUUACAAGAUCAACGACCUGUCGAUGUACGACUGUGGCCUGGGCGAGUGGAUCCAGGCCACGAAGCAGAAAGCCAACCCGCGAACCGCGAGUCGCAUCACGUCGCCGGGCGCAGCGGGGCCGACUGCGAGACCGAUGUCUGUCCAGCCCCGCCACAUCUCCAACGGGUCCAUCUCGUCAGAAGCGACGUUCCCGCUCCGCCCAGACGCAUACACGGCCACCGACCUCUCGCCACGCCCGUCGGACACGGUGCCCUCCCCGAGCGGACCUCCGCCGGCACUGCCCUACCCGGCGCUGGCGCAGGCGAGCAGCCACCGCCUUUCUGUGACGUCACCGAGGAUGCGCACGCAUCCGCUUCCGGGCAGCAAGUCGACCGGCGGCUUCUUCUCCUCCAUCGGGCGCAACUACAGCCUCAAGAAGGAGAAGACCCUCGCCCAGACCAGGCCAAACCCCAACCCCAACCCGAACCCCAACCCCCGACCGAUCGUCAUCGUCGACACGCCCUCCCUCCCGGGCGGCCCUCGCGCGCCCCCCGGCCGCAUGCACCGCUCCCAGACCCUCACCCUCUCCGCCGCCGUCUCGGACGCCCCCCCGGCCUCCGCCCUCAACCGCCGCCGGAGCAACACCAUCCGCCGGCCCUCCUUCCUCAACCGCGCCGGCACUGCGUCCGAGUCCGACCACGUCGACCCGGAAUUUGCGCGCCAGGUCGACAAACUCGCCGACCUGCUGCCCCAGGCGGACCGCGAUGUUCUCGCCGGCUAUCUCCGUCGAGCGGGGCAGGACAUCCUCGCCAUCGGACAGUACCUGGAGGACGAGAAGAACGGGACUUUGCGGCGUGACUGACUCCCCGCGCACCACGUUCGACCCUGUCGUUGCUUUCCCUAGACCCCUUUUGCAUUGCUUUUUUUUUUUUUUUGCACGCCCGGACGAUCCCGCUCAUUCUCACUCAAAUAUGCUUGCACCUGUCUGUACUGUACUGUCUUUGCAUCUGUCUUGCACGCUGUGUACGCCUAACGCUGCACGUAAUAUGUUUACUACACG